AGCAGCCAGUCACAUACCGUUAGCAUUCACCGGUCGAGCAACACCAAGUGCAACAUGAAGUCUUUUGUAGGAACAAGCCUAGUGCUACUGCUGCUUGCCACAGCUAGCAUAUCAGCAAUGCCACAGCGUCGGCAGCUGAAGAGUCAGCGGCAAGUGGAGUUGGCCAGCACUCCAUAUCCAGCCGCUGGUUUCCGUCCUAGGAUUGCCUUUGAGCUGCCGAAUGAGCGACAGCCCAAGCUGGAGGAGCCACUGACCACAACCACACCAGCAACUGCACCCGAAAAUUUUGAUGCACCAGCAACUGAACCACAGCAGCAGCAAGAGGCACGCACUCCAGCCAAUACCUAUGGCGCACCCGAAACUGCAGAGGAUACCGUAGAGGUGGUUGCCCAGGUGCCCGCCAAAGACUUUCAGCCUCCAGUACGUGAGGCGGUUGAAAAUUUUGGUGCCGUUGAUAGCGUUGCUGAUGAGCAGCAGCCUGUGUUUGAUCUGCCUGCCCUGGACCAGGAGCAGUCGGCGACGCCACUAGGCAGCGAAGACGAGAUAACAUCCACUGAAGUGGCGCUCAAAGUGGCUGCAACUCCAGCCAAUACCUAUGGAGCACCUAACACACGCUAUGGCGCACCAGACAUAAGGGAACCCACCAAUGAGCUCGAGACGGAGGAGUCACAGGUUGAAGUGUUUGCGGACAAGGAGGAAGAGCUCAACGAUGCCGCCCUGGGCCUAGCAAACGGACGCCUAAUACUGCUACCCAUCAGCGGCAAUGGUGCACAAUUCGGACGCCUUGUUUUGGCCGUCGAGCAGCCACAACGACAACAAGAACAAGCACGUCAACGUAUACGCAGCGAACGCUUGCGACGCAACUAAUCAAAACUCUCUGCCAAUUGUAAAUAGUUAAAAUGGAACUAUGAGUAAAU